UAGUUUUUAUUUAGAUAACAGUUUUUUUAUUUUUAUCUAUUAGUACAGUAUUUUUUCGGUAAAUCAUUGAUUGACUGAUUGACUGGACAUUCAAUUUGAUUUGAUUUAUACAAUAGUAUUACAGUAGUAGCGAUCGAUAAAGUAAUAGUUUUUUUUAUAAAUAUUUUUAAAAAAUAAAACAAUGAAUCGACUGUUGUUUAAUGUAUUGGUCAACCAUUACCGGCAUAGUGGUCCGCCGCUACUGUUUAUAACCGCAUCACUGGUGGCCACAAACAGCUAUUAUCGGCAAAAAAACAACAUUAAUAGUAGUAGUUGUAGUACUAGUAGUAGUAGUCACUGUCGAUUGUGGUCACUGACCGACAGCACUAGCAGCUGCGCAACCAGUUGUCUGCCAUCGCUCAGACGUGUCCUAUUGGCCAACGGUCACGGCUCAGGUGCUGCCGCUGGCGCUGGCGCUGCUUUCAGACCCGAAUGGUUUCAGCCGUACGUAUCCAUACGUAUCAAUUUCCCCGAAUCAGGUUAUCGCGGACCGACCAAAGUACUCGGUGCCGGUGUUAUGUUUGACCAGUCCGGUCUGGUAGUCACCACAAUAUCGGCCAUUGGUUUCUAUAAUAAUUUUUUUGUUAUGUUUCCCGACGGUACGGAAGCCGAAGGUAAACUUGUCGAUUCGGAUCUCAAUCAUCGAUUGGCCAUAAUUAAAGUUGAACAACAAUUGGAUGGCCAACAACAGCCGAUACCCUAUCCGGUGGCCCAGUUUAGCCAUCAGCCGCCCGAUAUUGGCCAACUAGUCUACAGUCUGAGUCAUCCGUUUUUCUAUACGUUCAGCGCCGGCCGUAUCAGUGUCGAGCCAAUGGUUCACCCACGAAACGGUGGUCAACCUAUUAACGGCCAACUCGAAUAUCUGUGGCAUUCGGCUAACAACUGUGCUCUGGGCAGUGCAUUGGUCGACGAAUCCGGCCAACUGGUCGGCCUGGAUAUGAAUCAUCCGUCUGGUCUGAACACCUUAACUGUGUCCAUGUCGGCCAAAGAACUGGAAGGAGUGUUGAACACCAAACGCGACAUCGAUUGCGAUCUCAAGAAACGAUGUAUCGGUGCAGUAGUCGGUUGGUUGGAUCAGAAUAGCCGCGACCAACACCAGCAACGACUUGGUUUACCGCCCAAUAUCCAGAUACCGCAAAACGCUAACGGCGCUAUAGUCUACUAUACGGCCGUCGGGUCGCCCUCUCAUGAGGCCGGUAUCCAAAAGGGAGACAUCAUAACACACGCCGACGGCCUACCGCUCAGCAGUUUGGACGACCUGUUCAUACCAUUUGAACGUGACUUUGAGGUUGAACUGAAUAUAUUCCGGCCGAACGCAACCGGUGGCCAACAGCUUCGGGCGGGUGUCCGUCGGAGGACACGUGACUAUCUAUUGGCAUAAAUAGCAAAAGAGAGAGAGAGAGAGAGAGAGACAAACUCACUCACUCACUCACCCACUCAUUCAAUAUAUAGAUAUAAAUUAUAUCCAUAUGUCUGUCCCCUACCUCCCUCUCUCUCACCCACUAAUUGUCAUUUCAAUUAACAAUAAUAUAUAUAUACUAUCUAU